UCGAGUUGCUCGGUUAAAACGUUUAAUUUUAAAAUAGGAACACAAGAUGAUGAGGAAAUUCGGGUUGUUGUUGUGCGUGUGUUCGUUGUUGCUGAUAGAUGUACGGGCCAUGGGCAGGUACAGGGGAUUGGAGUUUUUGGAACCGUGCUCCAGGAGGGACCACGAUGUGGAGAGCUGUUUGGCGAGGUCGGUCAAUGUCCUCACUGAACACUUCCGUCAUGGUUUACCUCAAUUGGGCUACCCUGAAGUGGAGCCAAUCAUCCUUGACGAGCUCCACAUCUCCGUCGGCGGUGGACCCGAAGGAUACAGAGCACAAUUCAAAAAUAUAACCGCGAAAGGAGUAUCCACGUUACGGGUGACUGGUUUGAGGACCAGGAUAUCGGACGAUGAAGUGCAAUUACAAUUAGCUUUGAGUAUUCCGAAGAUCAGAGCUGCUGCGAAGUAUAGGUCCAGUGGGACUUUGCUUUUGGUGAAGGCUAGUGGCGCUGGGGAUUAUUGGGGAGAAUAUGAGGGUGUUAAGGCCAAGGUGUUCAUCAGGGCAAGACCAUUCUCCUACCAAGGUCGCUAUUAUUUAAGGUUGCAACAACUGAAAAUGGACUUCAGCGUGCAGAAUAUUAAAAUGGGCGUUGAGAACAUUCGCGACAGUAACGCCAUAAUUCUCGCCGCGUUGAACCUGUUCAUUAACACAAACAGCCAGGAGUUGUUGAAAGAGAUGAAACCGGAUCUGAGGAGGAAAUUAGUCCAAGUAAUGUCGACCUUUGUUGAAAAGAUCUUUGCUCAAGUACCAUACGAUGCGUGGCUCACCGAUUAAAACGAACAAAAUGGCGUCUCGCGUGUCGAAGUCAUUCAACUUUUGCCUUGAAUUCAAGGAUCGAAAUUUUUAUUUCCGUGAAACGGAAUUAUUCGAAUAAUCACUUAACGGAGAGAAACGAAUGUUCAAUCGCUGAGAAAAUUCAAUUAAAUUAAAUUAUCAUUUUUUAAAUGGACAGUUCUUUAGUGCUUGAAGUAAAAUUGUUUGGUUAAAUGUGUGAAUGCUUGUUUUAAAAUAUUGUAAUGUUUAAUUAAUAUAGUAAGUAAAUUAAAGAGGUAUCUAAUAAGGAUAGUGUAGAAAAAUUUUACCUUGUAUG